CGGCCGGAGGGUCCCGGGGCACCCCGGGGUUGGGAUCCGGGCGAGGAAAGGCCGUGGAGUUGUGGCUCGGCGGGGUUUGGCUCUGGAAGGAGGUUUGGGGGGGUCCCCUUGGCUGGAGCAUCUUUGUGAGGGGGGUUUUGGGGGCGUUUGCGCUGUGAGGGGAGCGGGGUUUAACCCCUCGCCCCGUCUGGGGUCGCUCUUCGAGGCGGGUUUGAGCUCCGUGUGUUUUUGGGUAGUUCCCCAAAGUGGUUUUGGGAGGGUUUAAACUUCCCCCCCCCCUCCAUUUAGGAUAGCUCUAAAAGGGAGUUUGGGGGGUUCGCCCCCAUUUUGGGGUGGUUCUGUAAAGGGGUUUUCAGAGGGUUUGGCUCCCUCACUACUCUGGGUGUCUCUGUUUAAAACCCCCCCCAUCCCAUUUAGAGUAACUUUUAUAGGGAUUUAAAUACCCCCCCCCCCCCCCAUUUAGGGGAGUUUGAGGGGUUUAAACACCCCCCUAUUUAGGGGAGUUUGAGGGGUUUAAACACCCCCCUAUUUAGGGGAGUUUGAGGGGUUUAAACACCCCCCUAUUUAGGGGAGUUUGGUGGGUUUAAACACCCUCUUUAUUUUGUCCAGAGCAGCUCUUCCAAGCGAAUUUUGGGGGGUUUAAACACCCCCCUAUUUAGGGGAGUUUGGUGGGUUUAAACACCCUCUUUAUUUUGUCCAGAGCAGCUCUUCCAAGCGAAUUUUGGGGGGUUUAAACACCCCCCUAUUUAGGGGAGUUUGGUGAGUUUAAACACCCUCUUUAUUUUGUCCAGAGCAGCUCUUCCAAGCGAAUUUUGGGGGGUUUAAACAUCCCCCAUUUAGGGUCUGGUGGGAUUUAACAUCACCCCCACCUGGGGUGGCUUUGCAAAAGGGAUUUUUGUCCCCUCUUUUCCCUAAAUUAUUUCUGCUGGGAGGGAAGCCGUGGGCUCACAUCUGGCCAGAUGCUGAGUGCAGGGGGGCUUUGCAACAGAGCAGAGCUGGGCUUAGCAGGGGUUUAAGCCCCCUCACUUAGGACAGGCUUGGGAUCUGGACCCCGGUGGGACUCAAGGAGGGGUGGCCGAGCCCCCAGACCCCCCCGUGAGCUCAAGCCCAGCUCCAGCCCCCCGUUCCCAGCCUGUGGAUGUCGCAUCCCUGGAGAUGAUGCCCCCCGAGGAGGAGAGCCCGGAUGGGGACAGGGACGGUGGCCUUGUCCUCCUGCACGGCCCGAAGAGCGGCAGCACGCGGAAGCAGGGCUGCGACCCCUUUGCCCAGACCCAGCGCAGCAAACUCCAGCACCGCCGGGCCCGGAUCAACCAACAGAUCAACAAGGAAAUGAGGAUGAGAGCGGGAGCAGAAAACCUCUUCCGGGCCACCAGCAACCACAAGGUGAAGGAAACGGUGGCUCUGGAGCUGAGCUACGUCAACUCCAACCUUCAGCUCCUGAAGGAAGAGCUGGAAGAGCUCAACAGCAGCGUGGACGUGUACCAGAAUGACAGUGAAUCCAUCAGCGUUCCCAUGAUCCCUCUGGGACUCAAGGAGACCAAGGAGCUGGAUUUGCUGGUACCACUCAAGGAUUUCAUCAGUGAGCACUAUGGAGAGGAGGGUGUACUGUUUGAAAAGGAAAUCAAGGAAUUCAUGGAGCUGCGACAGGCCAUGCGCACUCCGAGCCGCAAUGAGGCCGGAUUGGAGCUCCUGAUGGAAUAUUACAACCAGCUCUACUUCCUUGAAAGCCGGUUCUUCCCUCCCAGCAAAACCCUGGGCGUCUUCUUCCACUGGUACGACUCCCUGACGGGGGUCCCAUCCCACCAGAGGGCUCUGGCCUUCGAGAAGGGAAGCGUCCUCUUCAACCUCGGAGCGCUGCACACCCAGAUCGGAGCGCGGCAGGACCGCGCCUCCCUGCCCGGCCUCAACCAGGCCAUCGAUGCCUUCCAGAAGGCAGCUGGUGCCUUUAACUACUUGAAGGAAAACUUCUCCAACGCUCCCAGUCUGGACAUGAGCGCGGCCUCCCUGACCAUGCUGGUGAGGCUGAUGGUGGCCCAGGUCCAGGAGUGUGUCUUUGAGAAGAUGACCUUGCUGCGUGCCCAGAACGACUUCCUGGCGCGCCUGCAGCUGGCUCAGGAAGCAGCAAGGGUGGAAGAUGUUUACUCCCUGGUGCACCAGACCAUGAGCCAGCCCCACGUCAAGGAUUACGUUCCCUUCUCCUGGACCACCAUGGUCCAAGUCAAGUCGGAGCAUUUCAAAGCCCUCUCCCAUUAUUUCGCUGCCAUCGCCCUCUGCGACUGCCCUGCUCCCUCGGAUGCCGAGCUGCUGGAGCAGGAGAAAGCUUUCCUGCAGUUCCAUGUCACCAUGCCAGAGGGGCCUUCACUUCGUGUCCUGCUGCAGGAUCCUGAGGAGAGGAGGAAGCUGGGCAAAGCUCACCUCAAAAAAGCCAUCAUGAAGCACGAGGAGGCCAUGAGGAUCCACGGGUUGUGCAAGAUCCUAAGGAAGAUGGAUAUCCUGCAGGAGGUCCUGUCCUUUGCCCACAAACGCUCCCUGAGCAAAUAUUCCGAGAUUGACCACGAGGAGGAUUUCUUUGAGACAGGAGAGGCUCCGGACAUCCAUCCCAAAACGCACCAGAAACCCGAAAUCAAAUCCCCCAACUUCUCCCAGGUGAAGGUGACCGACCUCUUCCACAGGCUGGGCCCCCUCUCCGUGUUCUCAGCCAAGAACAAGUGGUAUCCAGCUCGGAGAGUGCACCUGAUGAGAGGAGAGAACGGCUUUGGAUUCACCCUGCGAGGAGACUCCCCCGUCCUCAUUGCUGGGGUCAUCCCAGGGGGCUGCGCUGCUGAAGCCGGGCUGAAGGAGGGGGACUACAUCAUCUCAGUGAAUGGCAAGGACUGCAAGUGGUCCAAGCAUGCCGAGGUUGUCCAGCUGCUGAAGAGCACCGGGAAGGAGGGGGUGGACAUCGGAGUCAUCACCCUGCAGGGCUCGGAAUGUCCCAAAGCCGUGGACAGGAAGGCAGCAGUGAUGUCCUCGGGGUCUGGGAUGCUGAAGAGCAACAAGGAGAACAGCAGGAAGAGCCUGAUGAACAGCAAGAGCGCCAGCACGCUGCUGGUGUGGAGCAAGAAGAGCAAGAGGAGCAAGAAGAGCACCUACAGCGGUGUCCCCUUCACCACCGUGGGGGACAACGAGGCCAUGUACUGACCACGCUCCGUGGUGUCCCCUGAGCUCCAGGACUGGCUGCCCAGGAAGCUUCCCAAGCCUGGUUGGGCUGUGAGGACUCCCAGAGCCGGGAAUGCGCCGCUGGUCGGAUCCGCGCCGAGAGGUGAGCAAGGCACCUCCACCUCCCAGCUCCUGCGCCCAAGGAUCCCCUCAGUCUGGGGGAAACUCGGGUUUAUUGUUAAUUUUGGGAUUUUUUUUUUUAAUUUUGCUCUCAAGGGGGUCGGGGGCAGCUGUGCUAAAGCAGGGCCUGGUUUGUGUCUUCUGCUUGGCCAAAGCCAGCCCCAGCCAUUAAAGCAAAAGUGUCACCUUCUGUAGCAUCUCCUGGGCUUUCUCUGCGAGGUACAAGAUGGAGCUGCUCUCCAAGAGCUGCUGGAGGAGCUGAAUCCUUCAGCUGAAUCCUUCCAGACUCCCUUUUUUUGGGAGAGGGGACAGCACGGGCGUCAGUGACUUGUGGUGAUCCCAUCACAGGGUCCAACCCAGGCAGCAUCUCCCAGGUGGGGCUAUCCCAACAAAGUAGGGUGGUUUGACCAUUUUUAGUGCUUUUUGGGGUGGUUUUUGUGGGGGAAUGAACCCCCAACUUGACUCAGAAAAUCCAGCCCAGCUGCCCAGAUGGAUUCUUCGGAAGAAAAGGGAAGGACUUAACGUGCAGUUGUUGUCUGGCUUUUAUAAUCAGGAGAUGUGGAUUGCCCUAAAUAUUCUGUGAGGAGAUUAAUAGCUAAGAGCCUUGGGGGGGUUUAUUUUUCCUGGGAGGAGAUUAAAAUUCCAGGAAGAUAUCUCCUCUAGAUUAUUAAACUCCUAAAUUUGUGCUACUGUUGGAUCUUGCACAUGUUGCUAAUUCCCUAACACUGCUGUCAGCAUUCCUGGGCUGGCCUGAUGGAUCCAGGCAUCUUGGUAAUUGUCCUGGAAACGCUGGGAGACUCCGAAUCCACAAAACAGAUUGGCAAAAUUUCCUCCAUCCUGUUUCUGCCUGGUGUGUUUUUAUUGAAGGCUGAGGAUCUGUCUGGUCUUCAGUGCUUGGAUGAUCUUGGGAGGUAGAAAAUUCCCUUGGGAGAGAUGGGAUUGUAUUUUUGUACUUUUUAAGGGAUUUUUAGGGGUGGUUUAAAGGGAUCUUGUGGCCACAGUGUCCCCUGGGAUUGUGACUUCUUCUAGUGGCUCCUUGUCCAUUUUCCAAGCUCUUAACCCUGAUUUUAUUUAAGGAAAACUUCCAGAAAAAAAAAAAACAAA